AAAAAAAUAGUUUUUUUUUUUUAAAAAAAAAAUUUGUUUGAUAUAUUUGAUAAAGAUCGACAAUGAUGGACCAAAUCCAAAAAAUCAGUCAAACGAAUUUGUCACGUGCUUGCGUUUUCAUAGAUUCAAGUAAUCCUUCGAUGCCUUAUCAAGUAAUUGACAGUAAGAUUCGUCCUUUGAUCAAAAUACCUUUUCCUCCUGUUAUUGAUCCGGUAGAUUUAAUCGGUCAACAAUCGAACACUAACAAUAUUCCUGCGAGAGCUCCUAAUGCUUUCAUUAUUUACAGAAAAGCUUUUAUUGAUGCUGCACAUUCUGAUGGAUAUCAUUUACCUAUGAGAAUUAUGUCAUCAAUGGCUUCUCAAUCAUGGGAACAAGAACCUGACAUGGUUAAAUCAGAAUAUCGUAGACUUGCUAAUGAAGCAUUUAAUCUUCGUAAUGAAAUGUAUCCUAAAUCAGGAUGUAGAAGAAAGAGAGCAAAAUGGAACAUUGUUUCAUUUAAGAAUAAGAACAAGACAACAAAAAAACGUCAAAAAUGGAAUAUUGUUUCAUUUGAUCCUAAAAAAUCUAAUUCAUCAUCAUCACAAAAUAAAACAGAAACAGAAAAUGAAAUUAAAGAAUCGGUUGAAAAUGAAGUUCAAUUAAAUCAAUUAGAAAUUAUUCAACAAAUUCCUUCACCUAUACAAUCAUCUUCUCCAAGUUCUACUACAACUCAAAAUGAAGAUUUUAUUUCCGAUUUUAAUAAUAUUUUUUCUUCACCUGAAAUGAAUUUUGAUAUGAUGACAAAUGAUACGAAUUUAGUUUAUCAAAAUAUGAUUCCAAGUCCAGAACUUUCGAUUACUAGCAGUCUUUCACCUGAAUUAACUGAACAAUUCGAAUAUGAUCUUGAUUUUUGUUAUUCUGAACAAUCUUUUGGUACCGGAAUUUUCAAUCAAACUGAAGAUUUUCAACAAAUAAAAAAUGAUAAUCAUCAUUUCGAUAAUUAUUAUCAAAAUCAAGAAUUUGAUAAUAAUAAUACAAUUUUUUAUUCUGAUAAUAAUAAUAAUUUAUUUAAUGAAAAUAUUUCAUCAUCCCAAGAAUAUUUUAACGAACAUAUUAAUAUUAAUUUUCAAUCUGCCAAUAUCGAAUCAGAUGCACCAUAUUUAUACGAUAACAUGAAUUAUAAUGGAUUAAGCGGAUUAGGAAUUUCUAACUCUUUAGGCAUUGAUUAUUUUCAAAAUUCUAUAAUGUAAGAAUGUAUAUAUUUAUAUAAAAUAAAUUUUGUUAUAUAGGUUUUUUUUUUCUUUAACAUAAAUGAUAUAAGUAUUAUACAUAUUUUUUAAUCCUAAAUAAUUAAGUGAGAAAAAAAAA